GCUUUCUGUUCGCUGAAACUUUUGGUUUCUCUGAAUUCAGAGAUAACUUUAUUUGCUGGGUCGUUCCGCCUGGUGCUGCAGAGACUCUGGCUCGCACUGGAAAUGAAGUGUACAACCUGCACUGAACAACAUCCAGGUGCUAUGAGUGGGCAACGGUGGAGGGUUUUUCUUUUUUAAACAGCGUAUGCGAGUGGGUGAGGAAACACCUGUUGCACCUGUGUACCUGCGGCGAGCUCCUCACUACUUGGACUGAGAUCCCUGUCUGAACUCAAUGUCGAGAAGGAAGUGAAUUAGGACCAGGUUUUUUUCUGGACUGGAGAUGGAGUUGGCGGAGCAAAGGGCAACGUGUCUGGCACUGCUUUUUCUAGUUGUGGCCUGUGUACAGGGGGACUUUGGGGACUUUGUGGAGCCUUCUCAGCUCCACACCUCACUCCUGUCUCUGGCAGAAAGUCAGACCAAGCUCCCCUGCCACUACCAGGCACAGGAGGGGCAAAAGGUGGUGCAAGUCAGCUGGUACAAGGAGCUCCCAGAUGGCAGCAAGGACCAGAUCAUCACCGCCCACUUCAAAGAGGGCCACACAGAGUUUGGGCGUUACUCUGGCCGUGUGAGGUUCGAGAGCAGCAGCCCCACUGACAACUCCGCUCUGCUCAUCCCCAACACCGAGGACUCGGACGAGGGCAGCUACACCUGCCACAUUUCCACCUUCCCAUAUGGAAACUUUGAGCGGCACAUCCAGCUCACUGUUUGGACUUUACCCAUCUCCUCCCUGGAGCCUGUAGACCUGGUGGAGGGCCAAUCGUUCCGCAUAGCUGCCACCUGUCGAGCAGUGGGUCGCCCGGUUCCUCGUCUCUCCUGGGACACCGACUUGCCGGGCCAGUCCCAGAACCGUACCAGUGAGGGUGGGUCUGUGUCCAGCUACUAUUCCCUGCAUCCGCUCCGUAGCAUGAAUGGGAAAAAGCUGGACUGUUUGGUGUGGCACCCUGGGCUGGCGGAGCCACGCAGGAUCUCAAACCGCCUGGUGGUUCAGUACCCCCCAGAUGCCACCAUUUCAUCUCGUUCAGGAGACUGGUAUGUGGGAUUGCAGAAGGCAGAGCUGCUCUGUGACAGUGGAGGAUACCCCAAACCUCAGAACAUCACCUGGACAUGGAAAGGAGGCGCUCUGCCAGAUGGGGUAUCUGUGGUAGGAGGAAAACUUGUUUUUGAGCGGCCCGUGCGUAUGAAUGACAGUGGGGCUUAUGAAUGUUUCGUCAAGAACAACGUGGGAGUAGAUAAAACCGAGUAUAUGCUGAGAAUAGCAGAGACAUCUCCACGCAAGGGCGGCUUCUUUGAGGAUAACCUGUUGGCGAUCAUUAUUGGUGCUGCAGCUGCAGCUUUGGUUGUGGCCCUGGUCAUUAUCAUCCUGCUGGUCAACCACUACCAUCGGCACAGAAACAAAAAGCUUGAGAUGGAGCUCAGUGAAAAAGCGAUGGAAAUUAACAACCUCUCCAGACAACCAUCUUUCAGGAGACUGAACUCCGUCAGCACAGACCCCAGAGUGCCGAGUGAAGAUUAUGCUGCGCUCAGAGUAGACAGCAGAAUGAAAAACAGCCAAAUGUCUCUGGAGCGACCCAACUACAGAGGCAGCCAGUCAACUCUGGGUGGCAAGUGGGGGCCUCCUGGAGGGGUGGAGGUGGAUGAACUGGGACGUCCCGUCGUCUGGAAUGAUGGCAGGGAGAGUCCGAGAGGGGCAGAGAUGGAUGGAGAGAAGGACGAGCGCAGGAGGAGGGUGGAGUCGUACCUGAAAAGCAGCAACAUGUCUCUGGACUCAGGUCUUCCUUCAUCUCUGGUUCCCCUGAAGGCCCAGCAGGAUGAUGGUGUCGGCCCCAGAGAGCCAGACCUGGGCCAUCCCAGCGAAGGAGACUCUCCACGCGUUGAGGACUGGACUCCCGCCCUGUCAGGGGAGGGAGGACAGGAGGACGACGACAGCAGCAACUCCUAUCAGAUCUCUGAGGCACUCAACAACCACUUCUACUACAGUAACGGGCUCCUCAGGCCCAAGCCACACUCCAAUGCCAUUCUGCUCCAGCCCAGAACACAGGUGGUCUAGACUGUAGACUCUCAUCCACAUCAUGUGAAGACAGUGUCUGUCCACAGCCCAUGUUGACAGGGACGUUAUUCUUUGUAACUGGAUGUUGGUUUUGUACAUGCUGAUUGUAGAGGGUAAUGGGUUCAGACACUGAUAAUUUUUUGCCACUGGCUUGUCCAAUUUUGAUCCUUUAUUCCAGGGGUGCCCACACUUUUUUGCCUUGCGAGCUACUUUUCAAAGGACCAAAUCAAAAUGAUAUAAC